AUGGCGGAACCUGUGGGGAAGCUCGGCCGGCGCUCCCGAGGCGGCCGGGGCGGCCGGGGCCGGCGUUCGCGCAGCCGGCGGUCUCCAGCCCGGCGCACUCCGGAUUCGGUGCUUGUGGACUUGGUCAGCGAUAGCGACGAGGAUGUCCUGGAGGUCGCCACAGUGCACGGUGCUUCGGACCCGGUUGCGGUUCCGCCCUCGGAGCCCCUGGGGCCGGCCGCGUCCCGGGGCGAUAGCGACAGUGACAGCGAAGGGGCGGACGCGCAGCCCGAAGGACUCCCGCGGGAGCCAGUCAUGCGGCAGCGGCGGCGGCUGCUGCUGGAUCCCGGGGAGGCACCGGUGGUUCCUGUGUACUCCGGGAAGGUUAAAAGUAGCCUUCGCCUUAUUCCAAAUGACCUAUCCCUCCUGAAACUCUACCCUCCUGGGGCUGAGGAAGAAGCUGAUAUGACAGAUUCUAGCAGUCUCCACUCUGAGAAUCUCCCAUUACCAGACUCUCCCUGGAAGAAGAAGCUGCGGAAUAAGAAUAAAGAAAAGACGAAAAAGACAGUGUCUUUGGAUCGGGACACCUCUCCUUUGCCCCCAUCUCCACCAAGGACCAAAAGCAGAAAGCAUACCCGAGCACUUAAGAAGUUAAGGGAGGUUAACAAGCGCCUCCAAGAUCUCCGUUCCUGCCUGAGCCCCAACCAGCACCAGGGCCAGCAGCACCAGAGCCAAGAGGACGAGGUGGUCCUGGUAGAAGGGCCCGCCCUCCCAGAGGCCCCCCGACUCUUCCCGCUCAAAAUCCGGUGCCGGGCUGACCUGGUCAGAUUGCCUAUCAGAAUGUCGGAGCCCCUACAGAGUGUGGUGGACCACAUGGCCACCCACCUUGGGGUGUCCCCAAGCAGGAUCCUCUUGCUCUUUGGAGAGACAGAGCUAUCUCCUACCGCCACACCCAGGACCCUAAAGCUUGGAGUGGCUGACAUCAUUGACUGUGUGGUGCUAGCAAGUUCUACAGAGGCCGCAGAGACGUCCCAACAGCUCCAGCUCCGGGUGCAGGGGAAGGAGAAACACCAGAUGCUGGAGGUCUCGCUGUCUCGAGAUUCCCCUCUCAAGACCCUCAUGUCCCGCUAUGAGGAAGCCAUGGGACUCUCGGGACACAAGCUCACCUUCUUCUUUGAUGGGACGAAGCUUUCAGGCAAAGAGCUGCCAGCUGAUCUGGGCCUGGAAUCUGGGGACCUCAUUGAAGUCUGGGGCUGAAACCCUAGCCUGAACUUGGAGAGAACGAUUCCUCUUUUUUUGCCCUAUAAGGGCUAGCCGAAGCUGAAGUAGAACUUAUCUUUAAACUGAAGCAGAAUCAAGGAGUGAUCUUUGGCCCCUCUCCUACUGAUCUUGGUUUCAAGUCAUUACUACUUGGUUAGUCGUGUGGUUGUUGCUGCCUAGGUGGCCUGUGGCUCCAUCCACAUAUUGUGCUGGAUCUUGCAGCCCUUGUGACAUGAAGGUAUCUCCCCUCCCCCCCUCCCCUCCAUUAUCACCCUUCAUGUCUGCUCUUUGAAACUGCUCAUAUUUAGAGAGUGAGUUGAAAUAAAUGAGGGCUUUCAGACCUGGGAUUUAUGCCACAUGUAGGCCAAGCAGUGACCUUAGUCUCAUUUGGGGGUUGGGAGUGGCAUUUGCUUGAGGCACAUACACUGAUGUGGUUUCCAGCAUGUAGGAAAAUAAAUGAUCAGGCUCACAUGCAUGGGCUGGAGCAUAAUGAGACAACUGGAACGCUCUGGAAGGAUGAAGGUAGUAGAUUCUUAGCCUGGGUCAUCUUUCUCACCCCAGGACUCUUUGCAGCUACCCCUUCUGGUCUACACUUCCUGGUACACACAUUAAGGCAUAACUGAGUUCAUUCAGCCAUUUUGUUUUAUGUGUUGGGAAUACAGCCCCAUGCAAGGAUUCGCUGGUUUAAUGGCUUUUUUUCACCAUCCUGUCUCAUAAGCACCCCGUCUAAUAUGUUUAUUACAUGUCUUUGAAUAUAAAUAUCUUCCUGCAAAGUACAAUGUUCAUAGUGAAUAUAUGCUUUUACAUAGUGA